AUGGACCAGGACAAUAUCACUGUAGUUCCUGAAUUCAUUCUUAUGGGACUCACUGAUCUCCCAGAAUUCCAGCUCCUUCUCUUUUUGGUGUUUCUGGCAGUCUAUCUGAUCAGCCUUUUAUGUUACGCAGACUUAUUUCUGGAGGUGAGAACUAUUUGCUUGAUAGAAUGUGCCAUCCAGAUGUAUCUCUUUGUGGCCUGUGUAACCACCGAGAAUUAUUUCCUGGCAGUCAAGGCAUAUGAUUGCUUCAUGGCAAUCGGGACUCAUUUAGGUGCUGCUAAUAUUUCAUCUGCAUUUUGCAAGUCAAAUAUGAUCAAUCAUUUCUUCUGGGAUCUCUCCCCAAUCUUAAAAUUAUUGUGCAGUAACACCUUCCCCAGUGACGUCUUGCUUUUCAGCCAGGGGUUUUUCAGUGGAACUGUCUCCUCUCUGAAAAUUGUGGUGUCUUACAUAUAUAUCCUCGUCACUACCCUGAAGAUCUGCUCUGCAGCAGGGAGAUGCAAGGCCUUCUGUACCUGUGCCUCCCACCUAUCGGUGGUUGGCUUAUUGUAUGAGACCACCAUCUCCAUAUACGUUUGGCCCAGUUCACAGUACGCACUAGAAAAUGACAAAGUGGUUUCCGUGUUUUAUACUGCUGUGAUAUCAGUGCUGAAUCCUCUGAUCUACAGCCUGGGAAAGAAGGAUGAAAACGAUGCUCUGUGA